GUCGCGAACGUUCAAAACGAGAUCGAGAAAUGAGUUACUUACGAUCGAUAGAAAUCUCACGCGUGGAAAUGUCGCCGGCGGAUGAUAACUCCUUUGCCACCACGAGUGGCAACAAAAAGGCCACCUACACUCUCAUAUGCAUCAAAGUGGUGGAGCUGUGCCUGUUAAUAUGCUGCCUUGGUCUGAUCGACGAGCCGGCCACCAACUCCCACCUGCGAGUGUUCAUCACGCCCCGUGUGAUUGCCCUCUGCUAUGUGACCUUUGGAGCCCUGACCAUCUACACGGCGAUCUACCUGAUCAUGGCUCUGGUCGGUGAUCUGACACCCUGGCGCACGGCAACGUUGUGGUCUCUGGUGGCAUUCUGUCUGUAUGUGGCCGUGACGGCUCUACUCUUCCGGGACUGGUCGACCACCAAGGAUCGCAACUACUGGCACCCGAACAUGCAUCGUCUGGACCUGGUGAUGGCCUCCGCCUCCAUUGCUCUGGUCACUUCCCUGGUCUAUCUACUCGACAUACUGCUCACCAUCCGCUUCGGCGUCCAUGGCGAUCUGGAAUGACAGGGACAGAGACAGCGACGCCUUGCGUGGACUGUUAUAUUUAGAGCUCCAUCAUAGUCAAAACAAAACAUCAGAAGAAUUGCCAUCAUCGAAAAGAAAAUGUACAAAAAGAAGUCCAAGGAAGUGGAAAGAUUGUUUAAGCAUCGCCUGCAGCCUGUUUUUUUUUUUUUUUUUUUUGUAAGCCUUCACCAACGUUUUUCUCUAAUCCACUUAACAUAUAAGAGCCCACACAAAUAAAUUUUUUUAUGAGGGAAUAUUUGUUCCAACAAACUGUA